AUGGCGAUGGCAGGAACAUACGUGACGGAUGUGCCUCUGAAGGGAAAGGCAGAGAAACACUACAAGAGAUGGAGGAGCGAGCACAACCUCUUCCCGGACGCAAUCGGUCAUCACAUCCAAGGAGUCGCCGUCCACGAGGGAGAUUGGGACACUCACGGCUCGAUUAAGCUCUGGAACUACACUCUUGAUGGGAAGGAGGAAAUUUUCAAAGAGAGGACAGAUAUAGACGACGAAAAGAUGGUGGUAACGAUCAAUGGGCUCGAGGGUCACGUGAUGGAGGAGCUAAAGGUGUUUGUUACAACCUUCCUGUUCAUCCCCACGUCUGAGGAAGGCUGUGUCUGCAAAAUUACUAUGACGUGGGAGAAGAGCAACGAAGACUCUCCAGAGCCCAUCAACUACAUGAAGUUCGUGGAGAAGAUGGUUGAUGACAUGGACGAACACAUCCUCCAAGACCAGGAAUGA